AUGUUUAAGCAAACCGCAGUGCUUUUCCAAAAGGCGGCUGGAUCUGCCGUUAAAAAGCCAUUUUCAAAUAUGUUAAAAGAUCCAUCAGUUAAAUAUACUGCUUUUAAAGGAGUUCCAUUACCAAAUAGAACUUGGCCAAAUAACAGUAUAACCAAAGCACCAAGAUGGUUAUCUACUGAUUUAAGAGAUGGUAAUCAAUCAUUACCAGAUCCAAUGACUAUAGCUGAAAAGAAAGAAUAUUUCCACAAAUUAAUAGAAAUUGGAUUUAAAGAAAUUGAAGUUAGUUUUCCAUCGGCUUCUCAGACUGAUUUUAACUUUACUAGAUAUGCAGUUGAAAAUGCCCCAGAAGAUGUUAGUAUUCAAGUUUUAACUCAAGCAAGAGAACCAUUAAUUAGAAGAACCGUUGAAUCGGUUAAAGGUGCUAAAAGGGCCACUAUUCAUACUUAUUUAGCUACAUCAGAUGUUUUCCGUGAUGUUGUAUUCAAUAUGUCUAAAGAAGAUGCUAUUGCAAAAGCUAUUGAAAGUACUAAAUUAGUUAAAUCAUUAACUAAAGAUGAUCCAGAAAUGCAAGAAACUCAGUGGACUUUCGAAUUUAGUCCAGAAUGUUUUAGUGAUACCCCAACUGAAUUUGCAGUUGAAAUUUGUGAAGCCGUUAAAAAAGUCUGGGAACCAACUGUUGAAAAUCCAAUAAUUUUCAACUUACCAGCCACUGUUGAAGUUGCAUCCCCAAAUGUUUAUGCUGAUCAAAUUGAAUAUUUCUGUACUCAUAUUAGUGAAAGAGAAAAAGUUUGUGUUAGUGUUCAUCCUCAUAAUGAUAGAGGAUGCGGUGUUGCUGCCUCUGAAUUAGGGGUCAUGGCAGGUGCAGAUAGAGUUGAAGGUUGUUUAUUUGGUAAUGGUGAAAGAACUGGUAAUGUUGAUUUAGUAACUGUUGCCCUUAAUUUAUACACUCAAGGAGUUUCACCAGAAUUAGAUUUUAGUAAUUUAGAAGAAAUCAUUGAAAUCAGUGAAAGAUGUAAUAAAAUUCAAGUCCAUCCAAGAUCCCCAUAUAGUGGAUCAUUAGUUGUUUGUGCAUUUUCUGGAUCUCAUCAAGAUGCUAUUAAAAAAGGAUUUGUUAAAGCAGAAGAAAGAUAUGCUAAAGGGGAUAUGAAAUGGAAGAUUCCAUACUUACCAUUGGAUCCAAAAGAUAUUGGUAGAAAUUAUGAAGCAGUUAUUAGAGUUAAUUCACAAUCAGGUAAAGGAGGUGCCGCCUGGAUUAUCUUAAGAUCCUUAGGAUUAGAUUUACCAAGACAAUUACAAGUUCAUUUCAGUUCAGUUAUUCAAAAUCAAGCCGAUAAAUUAGGUAGAGAAUUGAAAAUUGAAGAAAUUAUCAAUAUUUUUAAAACCGAAUACUUUUCGCAAAAGGACUCAAGUCCAGUUGUUUUGAAAGAUUUCGAUAUGUUGAACAAUAAAAACAACAAAAACAAGAACCAGAGAGCUAUUCACGCCGACUUGGUCGUGAACAAUGAACCAGUUACCAUUCAAGGUCAAGGUAACGGUCCAAUCUCUGCUCUUAUUGAUGCAAUUUCUAAACAAUUUGGUACUUUAUUAGAAGUUAAAGAUUAUACCGAACAUUCUUUAGGUUCCGGUACCGAGGUCAAAGCCGCCACUUAUGUUCAUUUAGGUUAUAUUGAUUCAAAUGGUGAAAAACUGAGUAAAUGGGGGGUUGGUAUUGAUACUGAUGUUAGUGAAUCUUCCUUAAAGGCAAUUGUUUCUGUUGUUAACCAAUUAGUUGCUGCCAAAGAAAUCACUCUUUAA